AUGAAGAUAAAAAAGACAACCUAUCUGGUUUUAAAGAAUGUGAUGGUACCUUUCCAAAUAAAAUUACACACUUUACAUUUGACCCAAAUCCAACUGUAAAGAAUACAACAAUAAAAUUUGAAAUUGGUGGGAUUUCUAAAGUUCCAUUUGAUAAAGAAUCUCACAUUAGCGGCAUGUCAUUUCUUAAUGGUGAUCCCAUAAACUUUUAUGUUCAAGACUUUUGUGAAGAAUGGGUUGAGCCAAGUGGUGAACAUUGUCCUGUUAAACCGGGGGAAUUUUAUUUUAAAGGCAGUCAGUACUUGAAACAGACAAGUGAAGAUCCUACAGGUGUAACUCUUACUGGUUACUUAAGACUUGUCAUUGCCAGCCCAGAAGGACAUAUCCGCUCAUGUAUUGAGGGGGAUAUUACAACU